AUGACUGAUGGAACUCUUAUCACUCGUAGUGAAAAGCCUCUAUCAUACCACGAAACGUGGCAAGCGUUGGCUUUGUUACACGCCUUUUACGAAGUAGAAUACGAUGUAUUUUACGACCAGCAGGAGGAGUUCAUCCAAAAGUUUUUCUACAAACUCGUUGUUGGAGAUGUCAACCCUAAGCUUGGCGAAGCAUUAGAGGAGGAAUGCGGGAUUGGCAGGCAGAUUGUGGAUGACGGUUUCCUCAUUUUUGCUGAACAAGCCAGGGCUGCUCGAAUGUAUAACUCUACUCGCUUUCAGAUGCGGAUGCGAUCAGGGCCUGAACAGGAAAAGAAGAGGCUUAAUGCUUGA